AGAGUGAAACACACAAAAGAGCAGCCUUAGCUUUUCUUUUGUUAGACCGUUGUCUGAAGACGGGGUUGAGGUUUAUCUAAAUGUUUGAGUGUUUUAAAUAAAAAUGUCUUCAUUUCAGCCUCGGAGAGAGUUUAUGAAAGAUCAGGUAUCUGGAGAAACAUUCACAGAGUGGAAAGAAAUCAACGUUAAGAUGGAGGAAGAGAUGGAGGAUCAGCGCAGACUGAUGGAUUUUACCCGGAUACCGAGGAUCAUCUUACACCGGAUAGAUCUCCCACAAUGCUGGAAAGAGGAGGAGGUUCUCAAUGAGCUCAGCAACCCAGAGGAAAACUCCACUUUGGAUCAAGAGGAACCAGAACCUCUGCAGAUAAAACGGGAACAUGAGGAACCAGAACCUCUGCAGAUAAAACGGGAACAAGAGGAACCAGAACCUCUGCAGAUAAAAGAGGAACAAGAGGAACCAGAACCUCUGCAGAUAAAACGGGAACAAGAGGAACCAGAACCUCUGCAGAUAAAAGAGGAACAAGAGGAACCAGAACAUCAACAGUUCAAAAACGAAGAAAAGCAACUCUGCAUCAGUCAGGAUGAAGAGCAUCUUGUGCUGAAACAGGAGACUGAUGACAUUUUGGUGAACAAACAGCAGAAAGGCACAACUGAGACUUCAGAAAAAGAAACACACAAGAAAACUCAACCAAACCAAAAUCUAUAUUCUUGUAAAAUUUGUGAUAAAACCUUUUCUCGAAAUAAUUCCUUCAUGAUACACAUGACAACUCACACGGCCAAGAAAUCUUUCACAUGUUCAACCUGUGGAAAAGGUUACCCUCACAAGAGUCGUUUAACUAAUCACAUGAGAAUUCAUACAGGUGAAAAACCGUUCACAUGUGCAGCUUGUGGAAAAAGUUUCCAUCAGAUUGGCAUUUUAAACAGACACAUAAGAAUUCACUCAGGUGAGAAGCCUUACACGUGCACAACCUGUGGAAAAAGUUUUGCGUCUAAAUCUCAGUUACUUGAUCACAUGACGAUUCAUACAGGUGAGAAGCCUUUCUCAUGUGGGAACUGUGGAAAAAGUUUCCGGAGGAAACCUGACUUGGUUAGUCACAUGAGAGUUCACACAGGUGAGAAGCCGUUCUCAUGUGGGACCUGUGGAAAAUGUUUCACUCAUAAAAAAAGUUUAACUGUUCACAUGAGAGUUCACACUGGUGAGAAGGCGAUCACUUGUAGCACCUGUGGAAGAAAUUGCUUGAAUAAAUCUCACUUAGUUGAUCACAUGAGAACUCACGCAGGUGAGAAGGCUUUCUCAUGUGGGACCUGUGGAAAAAGUUUCACUCAUAAAAAAAGUUUAACUGCUCACAUGAGAUUUCACACAGGUGAGAAGACGAUCUCUUGUGGUAUCUGUGGAAAAAAUUGCUUGUUUAAAUCUCAGUUAGUUGAUCACAUGAGAAGUCACACAGGUGAGAAGCCUUUCUCAUGUGGAACUUGUGGAAAAAGUUUCACUUAUAAAAAAAGUUUAAAUAUUCACAUGAGAAUUCACACUGGAGAGAAGCCUUUCUCAUGUGAGAUCUGUGGAAAAAGUUUUACUCAUAAAAAAAGCUUAACUGCUCACAUGAUAAUUCAUACAGAUGAGAAGCCGUUCUCUUGUGGAACCUGUGGGAAAAGUUUCACUCAUAAAAAAACUUUAACUGCUCACAUGAGAUUUCACACAGGUGAGAAGACUUUCUCUUGUGGCACCUGUGGAAGAAAUUGGUUGUAUAAAUCUCACUUAGUUACUCACAUGAGAACUCACACAGGUGAGAAGCCUUUCUCAUGUGCGACCUGUGGAAAAUGUUUUGCUGGAAAACACCGUCAUUUUUACUUCAUCACAUGA